AGUAACGGUAUAGAUUUAACAACAGCUAGGUUUAUUUAGCUAACAGGAUAAAAACCGAGAGCGAGACGGAGACGCCGUACAAGUCCGCCGUGUGUGAGACGGUAGCGGUUACACGCCGUCUUUGGGGCGGGGAUAUUUAGCUCAGCUAGUAGUUGGUGUGUGUUUUUUUUUCGUGAAGGUAGUCUACUUUGUGUCUAAAUCCCAAAUGGCUCCUUAGAGGACGUGUAGCGAACUACGACGGGGCGUUGACGUCGCUACCUCACUCCGCACGCAGGGCACCUAUAUAGGGGAUGAGGCAGCGUUUGAGACGGAGGCUGGGACAUUUUGUAUUGGGUCGCCAUUUUGUUGUUUGUGUACAAGCGGUUUCACACGAAUAAAGCGGGAAUAAAACUUGUACGUCGAUGUUUAACGUCGAUUAGUUUACAUUUAGUCUUUUUUUUAAAGCGACUCAUUAUUGAAUUUAGCUUUAAUUUCAGGCUUUUUUCGUGUCAAGUACGACAUUUGAUUUCACUCGAUUGCGUCAUGCAACACAAAAGACAUCUAGCUAAUGAUUUAGCAUUCUGACGAAGGAGCGGCACUUAAGGCGUUUCUUGCAUGUGUACCAACCCAAUUAGAAUAAAUAAAGUAGUUUGUUUUUAGCGUUUAUGUGACGGAAACGGUUGCAUCAAUUUCGACCUGUUUCUCUAGAUAGCCUUCAGGUUGUGCACGAACUUAGCACGGUGCUACACAUGUGGGCCUGGUUGGCGCGGUGCUACAUGGGGGCAUAGGUGACAAUAAUGACUGCUUGGGUUAAGUAACAAUAUCUACAUCGGCUGUAGAAUUACUUGUAUUGGGAAUAAGGAGCAGUUUGGUCUACAGUAUUAAAAGUGGAAAUGAAUUCUACAGCAUUAGUGAUAUGAUUCUGUGACUGUCUUAAUUAGCAUUAACUUAAUUAGCAUGUUCUCAUCUCCACAGCAUCCGACAUUUAACUGUUAAUUCCGCAACGAAUGUAACACGUGUGUUUUUUUUGUUUUUAGCAAAUAAAAUAUAAUUUAGUUACUUCUCCCCCCCCCCGAGUUUUAAGGACUUCUCAGUCUUAAAAUAAUUCAUUUUUAUCAUCAAAAGUGUAAAAAAAUUUUAUCUGAUGUUCAGACGAAAUUAAAGGACCAGGUGUUAAAAUAAUCGAGAUAUGGUUAUUUGUGUAAAAGUCAAGGUUCUUACUGAAUAAAAAUAGAAAUAUAACUUUUUCCUAACAGUUUGUGUUCUCUUAUUUGUGCGACCAAAGGAGCUCGAAUUGUAAUAUGGGAAUUAAAUGCUUGGCAUCUGUAUUAUGUAUUUCUGUGUUGUGGUGGUUUUAGUUGGAUUAGUAAGAUCUAUAUAGUCCAAUGCUGCAUGUUCUAUAGUUCAUAGAGUUCUGUUAAAGAUUUUAGAAAGCGGACUGGCCAAAAUGUUUAUCCUUCCUUAGAAUAUUUCAUUUAAAUUAAGUUAUGUCAGUUAAAUAUACAUUUUGUUUUACUGAAUUCUUCUUUAUAAGCUGAGAUUUGUAGUGUAGUAAUAUAAAAUAAUGCAUCAUUUAAAUUAACUUGGUGUUUUAAUUCGAGUCAGUGAGUAGGUGUAGAUUAAUAGCUAAUGGAUAAAUCUGCUCGAGGUAGUGUUUUGUAGAGUUCUAAAUCUAAUCUAAAAUCGAACUGAAAUUUAACAAUGUGUUCGUGUGGCCAGCUGGGGGCAGUGUGUACAUUACAGUUCGUACUACAGAAUCAGAAUCAGGUUUAGUGGCAGUUUUGGUUCCAGCUGUUUGUGUGUUUCAAAAGUACAGACAAGAAUAACACUACUAUACAUUUAGCUUCGACUGUACAAGACAAUUGGUACAGGUGGCAGAUGUGUAAUGAAUGCUGAGCUGGCCACAGCUUCAGAGCAUCCCUCUCCACACGCCUGUCUUUGGAGCAGAACUGACCAUGUCCGAGCCGGUGCUCAGCAUGAACAGGAACCCACCUCCCCCUGAGUACAAGAACCAUAAAAAACCUGGGCGCCACACCAACCAGCUCCAGUACCUGGAGAAAGUGGUGGUCAAAGCCCUGUGGAGGCAUCAGUUCUCCUGGCCCUUCAGGCACCCUGUGGAUGCUGUUCAGCUAAACCUGCCUGAUUACUAUAAAAUAAUCAAAAACCCAAUGGACUUGAGCACGAUCAAAAAACGUCUUGAAAAUAAUUAUUAUUGGAAGGCGUUGGAAUGUGUUGAAGACUUCAACAAAAUGUUUACAAAUUGCUACGUAUACAAUCGGUUAAAUCUCAUUUUCUUUCAGCCAGGAGAUGAUAUAGUUUUGAUGGCCCAAGCUCUUGAGAAGUUGUUUCUUGAGAAAGUAGCUGAAAUGCCACAGGAUGAGUGUGAAAUCACAGCAGUUACCAAUAAGGCACCUUUGAAAGGAAGGAGGAUGUCUGCUACAGGACUUGGGAAAAUGCGACCUCAGUCUCCUGUGUCUGAGGUUGUGUUCCAACAGACGGUGACGGUCAUUCCUCCCGAGGCAUUGCACACCAUCUCAUCUGCACCCCUGUCUGCUCAGCUUGAAGCUAAAUUAAAAAAGGGUGUGAAAAGAAAAGCAGACACCACAACCCCCAUGGCCCCCAUCCUUACCAGCAGUGAGUCGUCUCCCUGCAUCUCAGAACCAAAGGUUCUGAAGUUGUAUUCACGGAGGGGCAGUGGGCGACCCAUUAAACCACCACGUAAAGACCUACCUGAGUCCCCACAACAGCACCAGGUGGGGCGCAGGGCCAAGCUCUCUGAAAGGCUUAAAUACUGUAGUGGCAUCUUGAAGGAGAUGUUCGCCAAGAGGCACUCUGCCUAUGCCUGGCCCUUCUACGAGCCUGUGGAUGCUGAGGCACUCGGACUGCAUGACUAUCAUGAGAUCAUCCAUCAACCCAUGGAUUUGGGCACCAUUAAAAAAAAGAUGGACAGUCGUGAAUACACGGAUGCCUUGCAGUUUGCUGCAGAUGUUCGUCUCAUGUUCUCAAACUGUUACAAAUACAACCCACCGAAUCACGAGGUUGUAGCUAUGGCCAGAAAACUCCAGGAAGUGUUUGAGUCACGCUUUUCUAAGAUUCCAGAUGAGCAAAAACCUUUAACUGCUGGCCAACACCUUAUGUCCAAAAGGGGAAAAAAUGAGCAAGCAGAAAGUCCUUCCAGCUCAGAGAGCAGUGACUCGGAGUCUUUGUCAGAAAGCUCAUCUGACUCUGAGGAAGAGGAAGAUGAAGAGAAAAGAGCACAAAGACUCUCUCUUCUGGAGGAACAGCUAAAGGCAGUGCGGGAGCAGCUGCAAUUACUGACUCAAACACCUUUUGUGAAGCAAAAGAAGAAAGAAAAGUCAAAGAAGGAUAAAAGGAAAAAAGAAAAGCGAAAGGGUGGUGAAGUGCAGAAAACAGCUCCUCCAGGGAAGGUGCACAAGAGGUCGAGUAGCAGCAAGUCAACAGGGAGGAAUAUGGAGAGCAAAGGGUAUGAGUCUAAAGAAGAAGAGCCUGCACUGGCCAUGUCCUAUGAGGAGAAACGACGUUUGAGUCUGGACAUCAACAAGCUGCCUGGAGACAAACUUGGCAAAGUGGUGAAUAUCAUCAAGGCCAGAGAGCCUAUGCUUAGAGACACAGAUCCCGAAGAGAUUGAGAUUGACUUUGAGACACUCAAACCAACUACGCUUCGAGCUCUUGAGAUGUUUGUAAUGACCUGCCUCAAGAAAAAAUCUAAGGGGCCUGGCCAGAAAAAUCCCCAACAACCGAAAGGUGAAAAGACAAAGGAGACCGGGAAACAGAAUGUCAAUGAAGAGCUGAACUCAACCAAGAGGACCAAGGCAAAAAGUGAAUUGAUUGCCACAGAGCCCAAGGAUUUAGUGCUCUCUACCCGCCUUAGUGAGAGCAGCAGUUCCUCCUCCAGUUCUGACAGCAGUAGUUCUGACUCUAGUUCUUCUGAUAGCAGUGACUCUGACUCAGAGAAGAAACUUAAGAAGAGAAACAAAGCCCAUGGUCAUGGUACCAAAAUUAAACACAAGGCGUUGAAGGAGAGCAUUGCCCUUGAGGUGAAGAAGUCCUCCAAAGGCCCGUCGGUCCAGGCCACCAAGCCACCUGCUGAGGAGGCCAAAGCGCCACCAGCCCUGCACAGCCAGCUGCCUUCUCAGCCUUCCAGACCCAGUGCCAAAGCCACUCCUCUAGUUCGAAAGACCUGGAUGACCCCCCAGAUUCUGCCCUCUGAGCAGAGCCCAUCACCUCCCACUGCCCUUUCUUCAACAGACAUCUCCUGCUCCUCUCCCUCCUUACCAAAUAACCUCAUAACCGUGCUACCCAAACAGUCUCCCCCCACAUCCUGUACACAUCCACCUGUGUUAUCCAGUGAGCCUAAGAGUCCACCAGGUUCCUGCACUUUCCACAGUUCCCCAGCAUCUGCUCCCACUGACCCUACAUGCCCCAUCCAAACUGCUGUCACUGUAAAUCCUCUGCUUAAGGCUCAGCAAAAAGGGUUCCCUGCUCUCCUUUCUCCGCUAUCCUCUCCUCCUGGACUGCCGUCCUCAAACUCUGUUUCAUCUGUGGCAAGACACCAGCCCACCACCAGGCAUGAGCAGUGUCCCAGUUUGACCAACCCACUGGCACAUAUGAGGGUAGAUAGGGGGGACCCAGAUGUAUUGGGAGAGUCCUUUGUUCAGCUACAGACGAUGCCUGGGGCUAAAUUUACAGAAGAUGGUGAAUUACACAAAUCAGGCCAAGACCUCAAGCCCAACAUUGCUAAAACGGAAAUUGUUCUGAAGCAUGCAGACUCCUGGACAAUCCUGGGCAAGAUGACCGCUUCGGCACCUGCUACCACUCGGUCAUCCAAGGAGAGUUUUCAACAAUUCCGCAAAGCUGCAAUGGAGAAGGAGGAACGAGAAAGGGCACGUAAGCUCCAACUAGAGGCUGGCAGAGAAAGGAGCAGCUCGGACAAGAGCAGCCUGACGCAGCAACUUUCUAAAGCCAAACCAGAGAUUCAGGCCUCCAGGACAGAGUCUGAGUCUGCAGAGCUUCCCAUUAUGGCAGCAAUCUUGGACCAACCUAAAAUACCAGAACCUUCUACUCCUACUCAGUGCUCCAUGGACCGUGACCGAGAGAUGGCUCGAAAGAGAGAGCAAGAGAGACGCAGACGGGAAGCUUUGGCUGGAACCAUUGACAUGACGAUGCAGCAUGAAAUCAUGGCCACCUUCGAGAAGAACCUCGACUGAAAUGACCGCUAAACAAAUACAAAAUGUAAAAAACAAAAAAAAAAACAUACAUGCUACCUUUCUGUGAAAAGAGUAGCUGAUCUCCUCCGCUUCCUGUCAAGUGCCACGAGUCCUGGUGACUGAAACGGGUUCUAGCAUCUCACUAAUGGUUUUCUCUGUUUACUUUAGCGCAUUUAUACUGUAGUGGCUAUAGUAAAAUCUAAAAAGCUGUUGAGAAAUUGUAUAGUGUACAAUGUAAAUGGAGCAUGCCAUGCAAUGGGCUGCUUGUGUAUUGAAUAGAUAAUAACUAUUAAUAAUAUUGAUAUUUGGAUGUUUGCUUAAUUUCCAAUAUUAAUGUACACACAUUGUCACUUGUUCCUUUUGUGAAGGGCAGUAAAUGAACUAAAAUUGUGAUUGCACAUCAAAUACUGACAAUGUUUUGCAUUCUGUUUUUCCCAUUUGUUUGUUUUUGUUGUUUUUUUUUACCGUAAAUGGUGUCCAUUGUUGCGUUCAUAUUCGAAGACAUCAUAAAACAGGUCUUCUUGCACUGAUUUUUGAUGAAACUGUGAGUGCAUCUAUAAUGCAUCAGAUUAGAAAUACACAGUAUGUGCUUUCAUAUGUAUAUUCGUGAACUUCAAAUAAGUUUUCAAAACAUGUAACAGUUUUGCUGCAACGUGUUGUUCAGUCUCCAACUACUCAGUUUUUUUUGUUGGUCACUGUUCUCUACAGCCCUCAGUAUUUUACAGUAGUAAGCUGCAUCUGUCCUACAAACCUUUCAAGUUAACGUGAUAUUCGUGCCAGCAUCUACCGAGUUCCUGAGUGUGGCAUGAAUGCAGAAGGGAUGUAAAUUGUGAUUUGUAAUUGCAGUAUGAACAUUGUAAAAACCACUUUGUGGUAAUAGUUGCAAAAUUUAAAUCUGUUGUGUUUUUACAAGUCUGUUUAUUGGAUUUGCAAUUCAUAGGUUUGCUCUAAUUGUUGCAUUUACUCAGUCAUCUUGGACAGUAAAGUAACUUCAUGUUCAUUUUAAAUAAUCAGUAUUUGGUCUAUGGUAGAAGUAAUAUGCAUAUGAGUGUGACCGUUGCAUAUGCUUAUCAGUAAUAUAAUUGUACAUCAUUCUGUCAAACAAUAUAUUUUUGAUUACUGAGAAUUGUUAAAGUAAAUAAUAAUGCCAAUGUGCCAUUCCAUUUAACUGUUGCUUUAACUGUUCAGGCAUUUAAAAUAUCACUGUUGAUUCAGUACCAGUCAGGGGUAGUAUGCCUAAGGUUAGAGUUUUGUGUUCAUUGAUAAUACAUGGUAUUGAUGUUUUGUCCAGAGUUGAAAAUGCAAUGUUUUGUUUCUUUGCUCCUGACUGCUUGUGGCCAUGCAUCCUCAAUUGACUUCCUUCUGUCCAUCACUCAAGCACUUUAUUCAGCAUCCUGGCAGAACCGAAGUAAAUGAUAUGGGGUUGUUUCACAGUGACCAUAUUCCAGUAUAUUAAAAAAAAAAAAAAAAUUCAAAUUAAAAAACUAUUUUCAUUUAAA